GAAAGAGAACUGUGCCCUGGAAUUGCCAUACUACUCAGGGAAGGACUUUCCAGGAUAUGGCCACUGAAAUAUCCCAGGCCUUGAGAUCCAGUGCCCUGCGCCUCUCCUCCAACAGGCAUGAACCUGGCCCUUACCACCAUGUUCCUAUGGACCUGGAGCAGCCUCCAAGCCUUUGAAAUUGUGGAGAAGGAGAACAUUUUCCAGAGCACUCCUUGCCCUGCUUUUCUGAUGUUCGACAAUGCAGCCUACUUGGCUGACAUGAGCUUCGAGCUUCCCUGCCACUGCAAACCCGAGGAGGUCUUGACUGUGGUCUGGUACUACCAAAAGCAACUGGGUAGCAGUCACACCAAAGUGCUGACAGACUUUGAUGGGCGGUUGCUGACAGAGGAAACUCAUGUGCGAGUGGGCAGUGACAUGUUGGUCCGCUUCAGCAUCCGCAUGUUCAGUCUGCUGGUCUUCCGAGCCCAGCCUGAGGACUCAGGCCUGUAUUUCUGUGGCACCCGCGAGGGGGAUUACUUUUAUGCCUACGAUGUGGACAUCCAGAGCAAUGUUGGGAUGGUGGCCACCUUUAGGGAUGAAGGACAGGAGCCCUUUGCAGACAAUUACUAUAAUAACCUCCAUGUCUUCACUACCUUCUGGGAGUGGACCCCCUGUGACCGUUGCGGGGUACGUGGAGAGCAGUGGCGCACUGGCCUCUGCUACCUGAAGAGCCCUGACCUCUCCCCACGAUACCAAAAGAGAGCGCCCCACGUGGUAUCCUGUGGUUCACAAGCUGUGCCGAGGAAGGUAUACAACUUGGCCAAGAACCGCAUGCCUGAGCUGCAGGUUCAGAGCUGCCUGGUACCCUGUAAGAACCAGACCCAGCAGGGCUUGCUGGCCAUCUACAACUACGUGUCGAAAGUGGGCAGCAAGUCCUGGGUCCCCCAGGUCCCCAUCCAAUUCCACCAGCAGAGACUAGGUCAUGGGCUCAUCAUCUCCUGUCCUGGGGCCCGGCCAGAGCAUGCGGUGGCCUGGGACAAGGACCACCAGCAACUGUACCGCACACAGUACCUGAUAGGUGUCAACAGAUCCAUGCGGGUGUUCAUUGACCAUGGCAAUCAACUCCACAUUCGCUUCACCCGGCUAAGUGACCGCGGCAUCUACUAUUGCUGGCGGCAGGGGGAGCGGGUUGCUGGGUUCCGGCUGGGUGUGAAAUCCCGAAAGUACCACCCAGACACAAUGUCGGAUCCCGAGACUCGUUCUGCCGUGAUGCUCACCCUGCUUGCCUACCUGCUCAUCACAGUCGUCUUUGUCAUCGUUCAAUUCUGUCGUUGCUGCUGUUACUGUUGUGGCUGUUGUCCCAACUUCUCCCUCUAGGUUGUCUCUUUCCCCACCUCUGAAGACCAGCUGUGCUUCGAUGUAUUCUGUUAAAUGAUUACCAGAAGUUUCUGGUUUCUUGGGCUGGGACAUGUGGACAAAUACCUUAGUUACGGCAUGCCCCCUAGUUUCAUGGCAGGCCUGCAGUUUGAUCUGGGAAAUGGGGAAGGCCCUGGGGUGAAUGGAGGAUUGGGGACUGAGGUUAGGGGGAAAAGCCAGGACAGGUGUCAUCUCAUGUCACACUUGGGUCAGAGAGGGAGGAAGUGACUGGAAUCCCUUA